UAUCUCCUUCCUUAUUCAUAUCUUCACUGUUAUUUUUCCUUAAACUUUGACCAAUCUCGCCCUUGAUUUAGAUCAGAUUUUGUCCCCUUGGUGUAUUUUUUAAAGAUAAUUUUGACACACAUCAAUGAUUGUAUUUUGGUGUGUUUCUGAGGUUGAAUUAUACUUCAGAUUAAAGAGUACUUUGGUGGGUUUGGAGGGAAUUUAAAAAGUAGACCUUUAAUAUUUGAAUACCCCAGCUACAAACGUCAAGAUUGUAUUUUUUGUGUGUUGUGGGAGUUGAAUUUUGAUUCAGAUCACAUAGUAAUUUGAUCUCUUUUGUGGGAGUUGGAGAAAUUGAUUCUUUUUUUGUUUUUGAGUGGAAGAACUCAGCAAGAGUAAUCAAAGAUUGUAUUUUGGUUUGUUUUGAGGUUGGUUUUUUAAUUCAGAUCAGAGAGUACUUUGGUGGGUUUUGAGGAAAAUUGAAAGUUGGGAUUUUGAAGUUGAUUUUUGAUUCAGAUUAAAGAGUGCUUUUGUAGGUCUUGAGAGUUGGGUGUUUAUUUGUGAGGAAGGAAAUAGGCAAAAGUAUAUCAAAGAUUGUACUUUUGGUGUGUUUUGAAGUUCAGAUUUUAAAGAAAAAAACACAUACUUCAGAGUGCAUUUGAGGGAAUCAAAAUCUUGUUGGUUGUGUGUUGGUGGGGAAAAGUUAAGCAACAGUCAUGUUCUAUGGUGCAGUGGUGUGGGAUCCGUGGCUAAUUGUUGCCCAAAUUGGAUGUAUUCAAUGCAUAUACUAUUUGACACUAGGGAUAUUCUUGGAAAUUCUUGUAGGGACCCGUAUUUCUCGAAUGAGUCUUGUCUAUUUCUUUGAUUACGCCGCUGUUACUGCUUCAACUGUCACCGGAUGGUGCGUCAUUGCUUCCUUUCUUCUCAGUUCACUUGCUGGAGCUGGCAUUUUACUCUAUUUGAUUGAGAGGGCAAAGAAAUGCCUAGAUUUUUCUGUAACACUCUACAUCAUCCAUCUAUUUAUAUGCAUUGUCUAUGGUGGUUGGCCUUCCUCGAUAACAUGGUGGAUUGUGAAUGUUACUGGGCUUGCUGUGAUGACAUUGUUAGGUAAAUAUUUGUGUAUAAAAUGUGAAUUACGAGAAAUUCCCAUUACAAGAUACCGAUCAAGUGUUUGAUUUAGUAGAUGUUCAACAGCAAACAACAUUUUUCCUUUAGUCAUGCAGCCGGUGGCUUCUUUGACUCAUAUACUAUUUGAGAAGAUUUGAAGUGUCUCUAUGCAAUUUAUUUCUCAUGCCUGUGGCAAUGACAUAUCAGGGACUGCUAGGAUAUUGCCAAAUCUGCAGAGAAAGACAAGCUAAGCAGCUGAGUUAUUAGGUGAUUUCUUUUCAAUCUGAAGAAACCUUAGAAAGAAAGUAUAGCAACUUUAAUUGGAUGUUCGUUGUUGCCAAGCUACCUGUAUAUUAAGUUAUUCACUCAGCAUUGAUCAUUUGUCAAGUUGUAUAGUGUUGCAGCCAAUAUUCUGAUCAGACAAUUAGAAGUUCUUUGGUCCUACUUGUUACUGCUGGCUUGUCUUUCCUUGGGUUUGAACCAGGAUAAUUCAAAUGGCUUGAGUUAACUAAUAUAUCAGAAUAAUCUUCCAGGCCCUUUUCUUUUGGCUGAAUACGAGAAAAAGCAAGUACAUUACCUGACAUAUUGAAGAAAAGUUGCUAAAUAUAGACUUUAUGAAGUUCUAUUUAGAACAUGUAGAAUGAAACUGAUUUUUUUGAAUGUUUCAAAGUGCACAAAGAGAUGGUACAGCAAAAACAUGUCAUCUUCCUUGAUUAUGAAUGAAGAGAAAAAGUUGGAGAUUCUUAUCUUCUUUGGUGAUGUAUGGUAAUAACGACACAAAGUAUAUUGUGCUGUGUUAUAACAGUGGAACGUGAACUAUUAGAUGUUUACUAUCACAUGAGUUCGGUAUUGAAUGGGAACAUGCUUAGUGAGGAUUUAUAUAGCUGACUCUAACUUGUUUGAGAUUGUGAGUCACAAUUUGUGACAUUUAUUUAGCCUAUUGUUUGAGAUUGAGGCACAGUAAUAGUACUAUUAGAAGAGAAUCAUAUAGAUUUUUGGACAACAGGAAAGAAUAGGGGCUGCCCACUUGUAAAUUUAAUGUGCUUCAUGUACAAAAUGAUUUUUUUUUAGACAUUACACUAAUCUCUUCAUAUAAGUUAAAGAUGUAUUAGGCUUUUCACUUUACCACCACA